AUGGCUUUCCACGAGUCAAAAGCCGUGACCAUGUCAUGUAUAGAGAUCACACCGAUGCCACAAUUGGCCGAGGCGAUAGACAAAGCAGAUGACUGGACGGGAACAAAGGACGCUGCAGCACGAAGAAGGGCACAGACGAGGCUUAAUAUGAGAGCAUACAGAAAACGCAAAGCUCAAGAGAAAAAGAACCAGUUAGCGGUUGUCAAGCAAGAAACAACAAUUGACCUAUGGGAUAUCAAGCAAGAACUCAUGUCAAGCGUUUCAUCAUCCAACGCUAAACAACUAUACAACUCCAGAAACCCACUGAUGCCGUACAAAACACAGAACAAUCAGCUCAACAUCAUCUUUCCUCUCUGUCCAGACCAUCUCAUUACACUUCUUCAGUACAACGCUCUCCGCGCUCUUUCCGUCAACCGCAGCUUGAUAUCUGGAAUUCUCUACACACCUCUCGAAUGCGACCAGGAGAUCAUCCAUGUAGUUCCAUACCCUCCCAACCCAGAGUCUAUUCCUGCCGCUCUUCUUCCAACACUUCUCCAACAGACGGUGCCACAUGGAGACUGGAUUGAUUUGUUUCCGUCCCCAGAAGGAAGAGACAACUUGAUCCGCGCUACGGGCACUUUUGAUGAAGAUGACCUGUGGGCGGAUUGUAUCGGGGGGUUGUAUGAAGGAUACCCUGAUGACGAGAUGGAGAAACGCGGUAUGAUUGCAUGGUCGCCGCCAUGGGAUAUUUCUGGAUGGGAGAUGUCGCCAGGGUUUGUUGAGAAAUGGGGUUGGUUGUUCAAAGGGUUGUCGGGGCCAAUGGAGGCGACGAAUCGAUGGCGAGUUGAAAGGGGUGAAGAGCCACUUGUUGAGAUGUUUGAAGAACUGCGCCUGUAG